CUGCCACCCACCUGCCGGGGAGCGGCCAGCCCAGCCGUAAGGAGGGGGCAGCCCUGCCCUCCCAGCCCCCGAUGACCUGAUCUCGCCUCCUCUCUGUGUUCCCGAGGGGGCCGGCGUGAGAGAGCCGGUCUCAGCUCGCCCCAGGCUGCCCUGCUACUUGCCCAGGUGACCAGCUGGGAUCCCUGGACUUGCCCGCAGCCUUCUCGGGAGGGCUCCUCUCCCGCCCACCGCCUGGCUCCGGAGCAUCUGUUGCUGACUGAACAGCCUGGCCCCGAUGGAUGCAGCCGCCCUCGCCAGCCCCCGCUCGCCAUGCCCUUCUGGCUGAGCCCCCCGGCACUGGGGCCGUUCCUCACGGGGGAGCUCCGCGCCCGUCCCUGCCUCCGGAGCCCCCAUUGCGCAGCCCCCCAUCUGAGCUCUCGCGUUACACUGCUGCUGGCUGCCAUGGGGCUGGGGCCAGCUGCCUCCUAGGUGCCGGCGCUCGGCUUCGGACUGCUGUUCAUCCUCUCCCCGCUGCCCGGGCCUCUUCUCCCCUCCCCGCUGCACCCCAGGGUCGGCCCCGGGGGGCUGCCGUCCUCCCCUGCCUCUGCUGUGAGCCCUUGUCCCGGUCCGCUCCCCGCCGUCUCUCCCUCUCCCCAGCCGUGCGGAAACCUGCCGUGACUCUGUGGGGGAGGAGGAGCGGUGGGAACAUGGAAGAGAAGCGGCAGGCGCAUCAGGUUGAAAUCGACCCGGAUUUUGAACCCCAGAGCCGGCCUCGUUCCUGCACCUGGCCGCUGCCUCACCCCGACUUCUCCGGGGAGGAGGAGGACGGAGGCGCGGCGGCAGCCGGUGGCUCCCGAGCCGCCGCGGCCGGCGGAGCGGCAGAGGUCUCGGAGAACACAGGAGCCGUGGCGGAUCGCAAAGCCGCUUCCGCGCUGCCUUCGCUGGGGGCGGAUGUUGGACAGCUCCGCAAGGCGAAGAACUCGCGGCGCAAUGCCUGGGGCAACCUGUCCUACGCGGAUCUCAUCACCAAGGCCAUCGAGAGCUCCCCGGAGAAGCGGCUCACCUUGUCCCAGAUCUACGACUGGAUGGUCAGAUACGUUCCCUACUUUAAGGAUAAAGGAGACAGCAACAGCUCUGCCGGCUGGAAGAACUCGAUUCGGCACAACCUGUCCCUGCACACCCGCUUCAUCCGCGUGCAGAAUGAGGGCACCGGCAAGAGCUCCUGGUGGAUGCUGAACCCCGAGGGUGGCAAGACCGGCAAGCCGCCGCGUCGGCGCUCAGUGUCCAUGGACAACAACAGCAAGUUCCUGCGCAUCAAAGGGAAAGCCAGCAAGAAGAAGCAGCUGCAGGCGACUCAGGAGCGUGGGGAGGAGAGCCCGUCCUCUCAGCAGGCCAAGUGGUCUGAGAGCCCUGCCUCCCACGCCAGCGAUGAGUAUGACGCCUGGGCCGACUUCCGGACACGGGCCAACUCCUCGGCCAGCACGCUGGGUGGGCGCCUCUCCCCAAUCAUGUCCAGCCACGAGCCGGAUGAGCUGGAAGAGGAUGACGGCACCCCAUCCUCCCCGCUGAUGUACCCCAGCCCCUCCAGCACCAUGUCUCCCUCCCUAAGCAGCCGGUGCUCCGUGGAGCUGCCCCGGCUGACCGACCUGACCGGCACCAUCAGCCUGAAUGAAGGGCUUGGUGAGAGCCUGCUGGACGAUCUGCAGGACAACUACAACAUGAGCCCUUCGCAGCCGCUGCCCUCGGGCAGCCUCAGGCAGAGGAGCUCCAGCUUCACCUUCAACUCCAAGUGCUCGACGCUCGGGGCAGCCACCAGCACGUACUGUGGGACCAUCUACAGCCAGCCCGCCAUGAACCUGCUGCGGCGCCUGCCCAUGCAGACCAUCCAGGAGAACAAGCAAGCUACCUUCUCCCCCGCCGGCUCCUACCGGAACGCCUCGCUGCAGGACCUGCUCUCCUCCAUCUCCUACGCGCACAAGGAGAGCAUGGCUCAGGGCGAGCCACCCAUGGCCCAGGGCAGCGUCCUGGCCCCGUCCCGCAGCCACAGACAGAGCGCCCUCAUGUGUGGAGGCGGGGAGCUGGGCUUGUCCUCUUACCCCGCCCACUCGGCCUCCCUCAUGAAGAGCAACACUUUGUACCACCCGUCACCAGCCAGCCACCACCCUGCUGUCAGCAACAGUGCCUUACCCACUCCUAUCAGCCUUCUGAGCUUGCCUAGUGACUCUUGCAGCCUGGCAGCCAUGCCCCACCACGGGCAUCUCCAUCCCUACGUCAAUACCCAAGGGACACACAUGAGCUUGCUGGAUUCCCUCCAGGGCCCUUACCAAGGGGCGAAUCACCCCCCUGUUUUGGGCCAGGACAGGUUCCCAGCAGACCUUGACCUGGACAUGUUCAAUGGCAGCUUGGAGUGUGACGUGGAGUCCAUUAUCCUCAAUGACUUUAUGGACAGCGAUGAGAUGGACUUCAAUUUCGACUCGGCCCUGCCCCCGCAGAACGGCCUCAACAUGGCCACGCUGCCCAGCGCCCCCCAGCCCCCCAACCAGAGCUGGGUGCCUGGCUGAGACGAAGCCAGAUGCUUCCCACCAAGGAAUCACCUGGGGAACAGUGACACAGACUUUUUUUUUCUUUCUCUUCUGCCUUUAUUUGUUCUGAUGGGCUAGAGCCAUCUGUUAAACCUGAGAGCCACCCUGAGCACAAGCCGCAGGGUGACAGAGCCGUCCGGGCGCAGGACACAGCCCCGCCAACCAGUGCAGACUUGGGGUUCACCCGCAUUGAUGUGUGCACCACACUAGCUAGCUCAGGCUGUGCUGGGGAGCCCCAGGCUCAUGCCAGUUCUUUCCCUAGCACAUUGGGUGUGGGCGCAAAGGCAGCCUGGAAUCCGUCAUGCCCUGUCCCGCCUCCGCCCUUAGCGGAGUUCCCAGGUGAGGCAGUGCAGAGGCUGGGCCCAAGGCAUUUGCAUUUGUCAGAAUAAGCUUUCCAAAUGGCCCCACCUUUUGUGCUCGUUUGGUUUGGUUCUCCUGGCUACCUACAGGGGGUGGCGGCCCUGGAGCAGAGGCACAGUGACGGCAAAGGCCCUUGGUUUCCAGGGCAGCUGCAGCCAUCAGGAGCGGUUGGCUGGCUCCCCCCAGCAGUCAGCGCUAGUGUCAGCCUGCAGCCCCUUCCACCCACUCACCCGGCAGCAAACCAGUGGAUUUCCGUGUACUGUUUAAGCCUAUCCUAGAACCUGAUAUAACCCGGGGUAGCUGGAGAGCCAGGGAAAGCCUCUGAACUCUGGAGCUAGCAGCUGGGGCUGCCUGCUGGCAGCACCCACGCGCAUGGGGCUCUCUCCAGAGUUUGCUUCUGGAUUCUGAGCCAGUUUGAUCUCAGCCAAAUUUGGGGAUGGCCACAUUUUCAAUCAUCAGUGCCUGCAAAAAUCCCAACCCACCGACGACUGGCAGCUGUCUGUAAACAACAUGCAUUGUGCCACGCACAGUCGGUGCGUGUGUGGGCGGGGGCACAGGCGUGCAUGCCCUGAACUGGCUUUGCAGGUGUGUGCUUUGCAGGCCCAGGAGCCUGUGUGAGGCUCUGUUGGGAGGGGCAUGCUGCUAGCCUGGAUCCCAGCUGGAGAGGUAGGCGGGGGAAAGUUGAAGGUGGAGGGGAGUUAUUUAUUUGAUUUUAUGCACUCUCUUGCCAUUGAAUAAUCACCUUGUUAGAUGAGCAAACGGGCGAGCCGUGCUGGGAGCUGGGGAGGCAGUCUGCAGGCAGUGCGUGCUCAUGGGAGAUGGUAGUUAAUAUCAGGGAUGUGCGGAGGGCUAGGAGCUGAUUGCAAAACCUGGAUCUGGCUUGUGAUGCAGAACAUUCCCAGAGUUUGGGUGCUCAGUGCCAGGGCACUGGACCUCCCCAUUGGACUUGGGGUUCAAACACCUGCUUCCCUCUUCGGAGCUCACUGUGCCCCUGCAUUUUCAAGACCAGCAAACCCUUCCCUCCCCCGCCCCAGGGUCGUAUGCAGGCUCUGGGCAGGUGCCUGGGGCUGCCAGGCAAGGGAGAGGUGCUAUUGCUGCCCACAGCAGGGGGGCUAACUGUCCGGCAGCCUGCUUUCUGAGCACUGCCCACCUCAUCUGGGCGGCCCAGGCCAGCUGUGCAAAGAGCACCGCCUUUGGGAAGGAUCCUUUCCAAUAAGUGAGAAGGGCCCAGAAGAGCCAGGAGUGGCUGGCAGCUGCAAUGCAGGCACAACUGAGCAGUGGGCUGUGCUGGCCCCAUGCCAGGCAGGAAUCCCCACCCAUCGGCUUGUGUUCAGCAACCACCGGCCUGAGGCAGACCCAUAGCCCCAGGGCAUCUCCAAACUGCCCAGGACCUUGUAGACAGUCCCUGGAUCUCAACAAGUCGAGCCCAAACACUGUCUGAGCUCUGGGGCUGGAGCCCUUCUUUGGGGGUCCAGCUCCUCCUUAACCAGGGCACGGCUCCUGGCUCUGAAAUGAAGACACAUGUUGUUUCUGCUGCGCUUUGCUCUGCGAUCCCCGGUUGUUGGACCCUGAGCCUCUACCAACCAGGGCGCAAACCCCUGGGUGGGAACCGAGGUUUCUGUGAACUCUGACUGUAGGACACAGGCCUGGCGCUUCCCAGCAGGGAGAGGGAUAUUUGCCCCCCAAAUGAUCUUCCGGGGCCCCAAAGUAUAGUCAGAGAGGCCGAACUAUGUAGUGAGCUACCCAGCGCUGAGCAGUGACAAACUACUGACGCCAGAGUCAAAUUUUAUUCUCUUAAAUUCCGAGAUUCCCCAGGUCUAACCAGCCCUGGGUGCCUGGAAGGCUGGUUGUGUUUUAAACAGCAGCCUCCAGGGACCUCAACACACACACCAAGAAAGGGACCCUAGAACUGGCCCUGGCAUAAUCCCACGUAGCUGGGAACUGGGGCUCCCUGGCUCCGUGGGGCGACGAGGGUUCUGUGGCCAGGUGGUGUAGAAAGCAUCUGGAGCCUCCUGCAUUGGCCCAUGGAGCCUGUGGCUCUGUGGUCUGGAUUCAGGCUUGUCCCCCACAGGAGCAGCCAGCACAGGCACAUCUGAAAGGCAGCGUAGAUCUGAGCUGCUGAAUGGGAGGAGAUGGUCCCCGUCCCUACGUAAGGUGGAGCCCUGAAGGGUGCUGCCCUCCUCCGUGGGGCUGUCCCAUGCCCCUCCCCUGCAGCCCCCCUCCUUUCUCUGUGAAUGGCCCAGAAGCACCAAGCACUGUCAGGCACAGAGAAAGGGGUCAGUUUGUUAAAGUCCCCAUCUCUCUCUCGCACCACUCCAGCAAUUCUCCCAGCCCCCAGCAUCACAGCCGCUGCAUCUUCCAGGGGCCUGAUGAAGGCCAUAGGAGACCUAGCAGCUGCUCCUUGCCUGGGGCAGAGUGGCGCCCUGCGGUGGGCAUACGCCAUGUCCUCUCGCCUCACCUAGCCAGGAUCCAUCAGGUACCCGGCAUGUGUCUAUGGUGGGAAAUAACAAAGGAGCCCAUUGAUGUACCAUUGAUGAUGUUUGCUCCAGGUACAUAGAGGUCGUAGUCUAUUUAUAAAGACAUUAUUACCAAUUAAUUAUGUUUACAUUGUUGGAUCAUGUACAGAAUUUAAUAUAUUCUAUUCUAGAUAUUCUUUCUCAGAGGUUUUUUUAAAAAUUAUUAUGAUUUGGUUGAUAGCAUACAUUCAUCCAGUCAGUUUCGACCUUCUCAUUCUGUUUUCAGAUGUAUUUAAUUCAUUGCAGAAAGAAAUCGUCAAUGACAGAUGGGUAUGAAAUACCCAGCCCCUCGCCCUGCCCUAGCCUGGGGUAGAGAGGAUGGGUGUGGCAGGGUGCUUUGCUUACCAUGGGGCUGGCGGCUGCAGGGCUGGGACCACCUAUUAGCACCAAGGGUGUUCAGGGAGCAGUGCUGCCCUAUGUGGGAGAAAGGAGGGAGCUACCUCCUUCCAAACACCUGAUCUUCCAGGCACAUCCCCAGCAGCACGAUAGAGGAUGAUGCCGUUAGGCACUGGAUGGCAUGUGCCCCUGGCACGUGGCAUCAGGCGGGCACCCCGCCCACCCCACCAGCACCAGCCACACGCUUGGGGCUUUGGAUCCGGCAUCAGUGCAUCACCCCCCUUGGUGGCAGGGCCAGUGGCACAGGCUGGCACAGUCCUUGCCAGGCUUGGCUCUGCUGCAAAGUCUCUGCUCCUCUCAGGUGCUUUCGUUCCUGCUUUGGGAGAGAGGGGAUGGAGAGGGGAGACAUGCCAUCAUCUGGCAGGGAACCCAGCCCAGGCGAGGCCUUGUUCUGUCCUGGGGAUGGAACAGGCUCACGGGGGUGCUCAGUGCCCAGUCACCACUCCUGCUUUCUGCCAGUCUCAGGGACUCUCCCUGCUCUCUGCAGCCCGGGCGCCUCUACCUGCCUCUGCCCCAGCCCCCGGAGCUCAGUGCCAGCUGGGCCUUUCAGCUUACACCCCUCCCCCCCAAGGAGAUGGGAAGAGGGACAGAGAUGCCCAGGGAGCCCCUUGGCCUUGCCCAGCCCUGAGUAUCUGUCGGUACUGAGAGGAAGCAGCCGGAGGCCUCAGUCAGAGAAGAGCUCCCCUCACCCCCGGCAUUCCCUGUGCCUGCGCCCCUUGCCCUGCCUCGCCGUGUGUUUGACCUGGGAGGCCAGCCCCGGGCACGUCGUCUUGCGAAACUGUCUGUGGUUCGUGACCGUGGGGUUGUCGUGUUUACGGUGGAGUUGUGUUGGUAAGCAUUGUGUGUGCCGUCGUUGUGCAGUGCAAGGGGUGUGGUGACGGGCAGGGAGCUUGGCAGGGCGACCCAGUGACACCCACGCCCUCAGCCCCAGGCCUGCGCGGGGGAGUUUCGAUGCAGGACGCGAGGAGCCUGGGCAGGAGCCAAGGGACCUGUGCAGCACCCCGAGUGCCGGGGGGAGCGGAGAGGAGGGCUGUGCGUGUGGGCCAGGGCUGCUCGGGGAUCGGGAUGGAGACGGAGGCGAGGCACAUUGGGACAGAUUAGGUCGGGCGGGGUCAGUCAUUCCCUUGCAGCUCCAUUUCCCUCCUGGCCCUGGGCCCCCGGGCUCCUGUAUGCAAGGGUCAGACAAUACGUGCACAGGCCUGGUCUGGUCCCCUGCCCGCCACCUGUGUAGAGACUGGGGCUGGAGAGCUGCUCUCCCUGGUGGAAUUGCUGCAGUUCUGACCCCCGUCAGGGGCUGCCAGCAACCCCCCACUGCAGCUGGGGGUCACAGGGCUGCUGACAGCCCCGCGCGCUGUGAGCUGGCUCCGUGCUCUGGCGCAGUCUGCGCAGGCCCACGGUGAGGAGCCGCACACGAGGCUGGGUAGGCCGAGGCUCUCUGCCCUGUGAGCACACGGCUGUGGUGUCUGCACUAGACAGGCUGUUGUCACGUGGCUUGGCCAUAAGUCCACGUUUAAACACAGCUUCGGUGUCACGUCCAGGGAGUUCUGGAGACAGCUGGGCGGCCCUGCCAGGCCACGCUGGGACUCCAGGUCAGUGGCCAUGUGCCAAGCCACCAGCCGCUCGGCUCCUAGCAUGGCUGGGAGCACAGAGAAGGAGAAGGCCGGUUCUUUGAUUUGAAGGACUCAUGGGGGUUAUUUUAAAUCUCCCUCAGGACAUAGGUCCCCAAGCACAGCCCAUACUCAGCCCCCCUGAGAGACUCCUCUUCUGGACUUCCCACUCAGUUCCCUAGCACACUGUCCCUCUCUGCCCCAUGCUUCCAGCCUGGCUCCCACAUCUGGCCUGGUGGGACCUGGCUUCAGUGAUGGGCACACAAGCCAGGAGCAAUCUGAUAGCGGAGCUGGCUCCCCAGAGGGACUGGCUCCAGCAGUUUGCUUUAUACAGAUGUUUCAGUUCAUUCUUUCCCUCAUAUUUAUAACUGUACAGACUUGGGGGGAGGGUUUCGGACAGGCUGUUAUCUCUCACCGCACAUAUAUUGUAGGCAAUGUAACCUUCUUGAUUGUGCUAUUAGAGUUCGUGUAUGUGGCAAUGUAAAGAACUGUGUAUA